AUGAGAGACUUCCAGGCGGAGCUCAAUCAGUCCUGGGUGAAGAGCUUUGAAGAUGUGAUGGAGAACAUCAAGACCAAGAAGGUCCAGGUGGUGGAUGCAAGGUCUGCUGGCAGGUUCAGAGGAACUGACCCAGAACCCAGAGAAGAUAUACAGUCGGGGCAUUUCCCCGGAGCGAUCAACAUGCCCUACACAACUUUCCUGGAUUCUUCUGGAAAGCAUCACAACACCGAGGCUCUGACCAAGCUCUUUAAAGAUGCUGGAGUGGACCUGGAGAAGCCCAUCUGGGCCUCAUGUGGUUCCGGAGUCACUGCGUGCCACAUUCUUCUGGCUGCCGACCGACUGGGGCGCGCUGAUCUUUUUCUUUAUGAUGGCGCCUGGGUUGAAUGGUUCAAAAGGGCCUCUCCAGAUUUGAUCAUUUCUGAGGGGAAGGGGAAGAAGGAAUAAAGUGGAUUUGGGAUAAGUUUUCUAUACAUAUAAUCUGUUCUGUUUCCAUUUAAUCGAGUGUCAUGGAAAGGAAGAAUAUUACACUAAUUGAUAGAAGCUCACAUAUAGUGAUGUAUGAUUCAACUUUGAUUCUGAAGUGAUUAAAAAUAAAAUGUUAUCUCCUCAUGCAAUGAUGGUAUGUUUAUUGAAGCGGU